AUGAAUAAGAAUGAGAAUCAUGGUGGAAAGGGUUCCGCCAUUGUACUUGGAUGUGAGAGAGGUGGGAAAUACAGAAAACGUAACUGUACAGUGAGUCCUUCUAAAUGUAGGAAAGGAACUGCAACAAAAAAAUGUGGAUGUCCUUUUAAGUUGCGGUCUACUUGUGUAGAUGCUUCGAAAUGGAAUUUGAUUGUCAAAGAUGGACACCAUAACCAUGCUCCAGCAGAUACACUUGUGGGGCAUUCGUUCGCUGGUAGACUCUCAGAUGAAGAAAAACAAUUUGUUAUAAAAUUCCACGAACACGGUGGUCAUUGUGGCUUCCAUAGCAUUGCUUUCCAACUAGGCCUUGCCUGUAGAGAUGAUUUCCGACAUAUUCGUAACAAUGUGCAUGCGGAAGUUUUUAAUCACAUGAGGUUUUAUGAGAAAGUAUUGUACUCUGAGGAAAGGUUGAACAACAUGCUCAAAAGAUUAAGGUUUGAAGAUGGAGAUGAAAUAGACGUCAGUAAAUGGUUUAAAAUACCGGAAGAUGGUCUUGUAGCGGCUCAAACAUUCCGUGUUGUUCUUGUUUGGCUUUCAAAAGAAAUGUGUGCAACCUUCUUCCCUUCGAGGCAUGGGCCAAUCAAAGGUAAGAUACAUAGAGUGAUAGUGAUGUCUUUUGUUGGAGGGAACCAUUUUGUUCCAAUGAAGUUAAAGUUAGGGGCUCCUAUACCACCUCCCUGCAACAUGUGGAUUCAGAAUGCAUACGAAGAUGCCAAGGUCUGUCCAAAAAAAUAUGAGGAUAAGAUGAAGACAUUCAAAAAAAUGAUGAACUUUAAAGAGCCACAACCUGAAAAACCAGUAAUCAUUCACUAA